AACAAAAGCAAGGAGACGACGCACUUGUUUGUUUGCAACUCUUGCUUGGCUUUCAUACUUGCAAGCUCUUCAUACUGAUCCUCAAUUUCCCUAAAGAAACUUUGAACCAUGGUAGCGGAGGUCUUCCUCGGUGCAUUCCUUGAGUUACUGCUCGACAGGUUAACUCCUCAUCACGAUUUGCUCAACUUGGCGCGCCUGCAUGGCGUCGACAAGAAACUCAAGAAAUGGAGUGCAGCGCUGUCUGCAAUCGGAGCGGUGCUGCAGGACGCGGAGGACAAGCAACUGACGAGCGAGGCUGUGAAGCUAUGGCUGGAUGAACUCAAACACUUGGCUUUUGACAUGGAUGACAUCUUGGACACCUUUUCCACCGAGCUGUUGCGGCGCAACGUGAUGAAUCAGCAACAUGCGUGGCUUACAAGUAAGGUACGGGGCCUAAUUUCUAGAGCUAAGUUCAAUUUCAAUAUGAAUUCGGAGAUCGAGGAGAUUAGUGAUAGGUUGGUAGAGAUAUCUGAAAGAAAGGACUUGCUUGGGUUGAAUUAUGUUGUGAAUAAAUGUAGUCGGGUGUGGCAAAGGCCGCCGAGUUCAUGUGUGUUAGAUGGGCCUGUGGUUGGUAGGGAUGAUGAUAAAAGGAAGAUUGUUGAGGUGUUAUUGAGGGAUGAUCAGCCUGGUAGUGUCAAUUUCCAUGUGGUUGCCAUUGUGGGUAUGCCGGGACUUGGGAAGACUACAAUUGCAGGUCAUAUCUUCAAUGAUGAUGCAAUGGAACGGUUUAGUCCCAAAGUAUGGGUAUCUGUGUCUGAUAAUUUCAAUCUUGUGAGAGUGACAAAGGCAAUUCUGGAAUCAGUUACAUCUGCACACUGUGAUUUGGAGGAGUUCAAUCAAAUUCAGGAGAGUCUGAGCAAGGCAUUGGCAAGUAAAAGAUUUUUGAUUGUUUUAGAUGAUGUCUGGAACACAUGUGACUAUGAUCUAUGGGCAAAGCUGCAGUCUGCCUUUCGUGGCGGAGCAUUGGGAAGUAAGGUAAUUGUGACAACUCGUGACUCACAAGUUGCUAAGAUGAUGAGAUCCAUUGAAGUUCAUAACUUGGGGUGCAUGUCAGAUGAUGAUUGCUGGGAAGUAUUUGGGCAACAUGCAUUCUUGAAUGUUGAGAAUGGGAGACUACAAAGCUUUGAGUUGUUUCGGGAGAAAGUUGUAGCAAAAUGUGGUGGGUUGCCCUUGGCUGCAAGAGUCCUUGGUGGUCUUUUAGGCUGUAAAGAGAUAGACGAAUGGGAAGAAAUAUUGAACAGUAAAUUAUGGAGUCUAUGUGAUAACAGUGGCAUUCUCCCAGUAUUAAAAUUGAGCUAUCACUAUCUCUCUUCAAAUUUGAAAAGGUGCUUUGCCUAUUGCUCAAUACUUCCAAAUGACUAUGAAUUUGGGGAGAGGCAGUUGAUCCUUCUAUGGAUGGCAGAGGGUCUCGUUCAGCAGUCACAUGAAUGUAAACAACUGGAAGAUUUAGGGAGUAACUAUUUUCGGGAGCUAUUGUCCAGGUCAUUGUUUCAAAGGUCCAGUAAAAACCAUUCACAAUUUGUUAUGCAUGACCUUGUUGGUGAUUUGUCACGGUGGGCUGCAGGAGACAUGUGUUUCAGAUUGGAGGAUAAGCUGGAUGUUAGAUGUUCUUCAAAGGUUCGCCAUUCCUCUUACAUUCCUGGUCAAUUUGAUGGUGUUCAAAAAUUCAAAGAAUUUUUUGAAGUCAGGCAUUUGCGGACUUUCUUACCACUUUCAGUUUCAGGUCGAUCAAAUUAUCUAACUCGUAAUGUUACUUUUGAUCUAUUACCAAAGUUGAAGUACUUGAGGGCACUCUCUUUUAAUGGCUAUCAAAUAACUGAGUUACCCAAUUCUAUUGGUAAGCUGAAGCAUCUGCGGUACCUUGAUCUUUCUCACACACAGAUAACAACUUUGCCAGAAUCAACCAGCAAUCUGUACAACUUACAGACGUUGAUAUUAGAAAAUUGUGCUUGUUUGAAGGCACUGCCUGCAGACAUGAGGAAUCUAACUGAUCUGCGGCACCUUAACAAUUCAGAUGUACCUUCAUUGGAAGAAAUGCCUGUGAAACUAGGUAGAUUGACUAAUCUUCAAACACUGAGUACUUUUGUGCUGGGCAAAGGUAGCAAGUCAGGAAUAAGUGAGAUAGGUCCUUUAUUGUGUCUCCAAGGGACAUUGUGCCUCUCAAGAUUGGAGAAUGUGACUGAUGUUGAUGAUGCAAGGAGGGCUGACUUGACUAGCAAGGAAGGGAUUGAUUCAUUGCAACUAGAAUGGAGAGAAUCAGGAGAAAGGGAAUCAGAUGUUUUUGAAAUGUUAAAACCUCAUAGGAAGCUCAAAGUGCUCACUGUAAAAGGUUAUGGAGGUCUUACAUUUUCAACAUGGACUGGACACCCUUCAUUCUCUUAUAUGACGCAUGUAAAGUUGGAACAUUGUAAAAAUUGUCGAUUCUUGCCUCCACUUGGACAGUUGUCUUCUCUGAAAGAACUUUGUAUAAAAGGAAUGUCUACAGUGGAAAGCGUGGGUCUUGAGUUUUAUGGAGAGAGUAGCCUGCCUUUUCCUGUAUUGGAGACCCUGGAGUUCAAGGAUAUGCAGAAAUGGAGGGAGUGGCUUCCUCGGGUGCAAGAUCAAGGAAUUGAAGUUUUCCCUUGCUUGAAAAUGGUUUGUAUCUCUGGAUGCUGUUGGAAUUAAGUGGACUUAACAUUAUCUAAAAGCAUUAAGUAAAUAGAACAAUUGAUCUAGCUAAAUAAAUAACAAAAAAUAUGUGAUUAUAACUCUAAUUCCAGUCACCUAUCGAGAUGUAUAUCUCUUGAUAGGAGUAGGACUCUCAUUGUUAAUAACCUGAUUAACAUGAAGUGUUUGUGAUAAGUUUAAGUCUCCUAAACUGAUAAACAUGAAGUAAAACAAGGACUCCUUAUGGGAUGAGUCCGAGGAUAAGUUUUGGCCAAUAUAUAAGGAGGAGAAAGUCCCUAUGUUCAACACUGCAUUUUGCAUACAUUCUCAGCCCCAUUCUGAAGCAUCUGGUGUUGAAACAUAGAAGACUUUCUUCCAUUGUGCAGCUGCUCGUUCGUGAUCUCAGAAGAUGUCUGCCUCGAUGAAUGCUCUUGGACAAGCUGUGACUGCAGGGAUUGAAAGUGUCAAUCCAGGACCUCUUGUUGUGACCUUAGGUCAGGUUGAGAUGCUUAAUGGGUGGAACUAUAAGAAGUGGAGAAAUCAGGUGGAAUUUUAUCUGUCCAUGCAUCAAAACAUGGAUCUUUGCCUCAUAGAGGAUCAGCCUUCUGAACUAGAUUCUGAAAGUACCAAUGAGGAUAGGAGGCAUUAUAAGGAGUGGUAUAGCAGCAACAGGAAAGCCAAAAAUGUAAUUAGGUGCACUAUGUCAGACACAGUAAAAGGGUCUAUAGUGGAGCCCGAGUUAGCCAUGGACUUUCUGGAAGAAAUUGCAGACAAAUAUAGAGAGAGUGACAAGGCUGAAGCAGCUAGGUUGUCUAGGAAGUUCAAUGAACUAAGUUUCUCUGGGAAGGGCAGUGUGAGGGAGCACAUUAUGCAGCUAAUUGACAUUAACUCUAGGCUUAGAGACCUAGACAUGGGAGUUAAAGAUGAACAGGUGGUGCAUGUGGCACUUCAUUCUCUGCCAAACACCUACAGCAACCUGAGAACUUCAUAUAAUGCUUUAGAGACCAAAUGGAACCUGAACAAGCUAAUCUCGAUCUGUGUGGAUGAGGAGGAAAGAAUUAAGAGAGAGGGAGUACCAACCACUACAGUUAAUCUGGUUGAGAAACCAAAGUGGAAAAAGCAGAAUAAACUUAAGCCUAAGAAGACCACCAUCACUAAAGUAGCUGGGAAACCUGCAGAAGCUAGAGCUGGAAAAGUCUUUAAAUAUAAGUGCUAUUUCUGUAAAAAGAUAGGGCACAUGAAGAGGGACUGCAGUGGCCUUAAAGCUUGGAUGAUCAAGAAGGGGUAUAACAAAGAGGAGGGCACCAAGGAAAAGUGAGCAGCAGGUCUGUGUGGGAAAUGGAACAAGGGUAGCAGUUAAGGCUAUUGGAACUCUGAAGAUCGAUUUAGGAUUAGGCAAAUUUAUUUUUCUGGACAAUGUUUAUUAUAUUCCUUCUUUAAAAAGGAAUCUUAUUUCAGUAGGUCUUUUAGUUAGUAUUGGAUGCAAACUCAUUAUUGAUUUUAGUGGAAUAAAAUUAUUUCAGGGUUCUGAAUACAUUGGUUGUGGAAUGUUUUCAAAUAAUUAUUUGAGAUUGGAUUGUUCUGUUAUUAAGCAGGAAAUUCUAUUGAUUGAGAACAAUGA